AUGCCGGCAGUUGAGCUGCGUACAACUGUUCUCUCCCAUGAGACGAAUGGCACAAAUCCUAAUCCGCUACCGCCCCUUCUGCACACACCAGCGGGACUGGCGAUUAUGGAGAUCCAAGGCAAAAUCCAUGGACCUCCGCAGGAUCUGGCGACAGAAGAUCCAGAGCAGUCACCUGCUGUGCACCCUAUUGGACGGCUUGAGUUCCCCCUAUACAACCCCCAAGAAGCCAAUGAGGGCAAGUGGAUGAAGAAAGUCUAUCUGUAUGUCGGGAGGCAUCAGAGAUUGACUGGCGAGGUUAAGAAGUUGGCAAAACCCAUGGCCGUCCUCCGCAAAGUCGAUGAGAAUGAUCUAGGAAGUGAGGGGGAAGAAGCGCUGGAGAUUGUGGAUGUGGUCAAGUUCAAGCUGUUGUUCAGUGCAAGGCCAGAACCCGUCGGGGAAUGA